CUCUGCCUCUGGCCUCACCUGUGCACUCCAUGAGCAGGUGUUGGAGAGUGGUGUCCCCCAGGAGCCUCUUUUCAGCGUGAAAUCCCCCGCAGGUUUGACCAGAUGGCAGCAGGUGGCCCCCUCUUCAUAGAUGUGACCUGGCACCCAGCAGGGGACCCGGGUUCAGAUAAAGAGACGUCCUCCAUGAUGAUCGCCAGCACGGCUAUGAACUACUGUGGCCUGGAAACCGUGCUGCACAUGACCUGCUGCCAGCAUAGCCCGGAGGAGAUCACGGGCCACCUGUAUAAAGCGAAGCAGCUGGGCAUCAGGAACAUCUUGGCGCUGCGGGGAGACCCCGUAGGAGGCCAGUGGGAAUCGGAGGAAAGAGGCUUCGACUAUGCCACAGAUCUGGUGAAGCACAUCCGAAGCGAGUUUGGUGACUACUUUGACAUCUGUGUGGCUGGUUACCCCAAGGGCCACCCCGAGGCAGGGAGCUUUGAGGAGGAUCUGAAGCACCUGAAGGAAAAGGUGUCUGCCGGAGCAGACUUCAUCAUUACGCAGCUCUUCUUUGAGGCUGACACUUUCUUCCGCUUUGUGAAGGCCUGCAGCGAGAUGGGCAUCACCUGCCCCAUCCUCCCUGGGAUCUUCCCUAUCCAGAGCUACUCCUCCCUCCGGCAACUGGUGAAGCUGUCCAAGCUGGAGGUGCCACAGGAGAUCAAGGAUGUGAUAGAGCCAAUCAAAGACAAUGAUGCUGCCAUCUGCAACUAUGGCAUUGAGCUGGCCGUGAGCUUGUGUCAGGAGCUUCUGGCCAGCAGCUUGGUGCCCGGCCUGCACUUCUACACCCUCAACCGCAAGAUGGCCACCACUACGGUGCUGAAGCGCCUGGGCAUGUGGACUGAGGACCCCAGGCGUCCCCUCCCCUGGGCCAUCAGCGCGCACCCCAAGCGCCGAGAGGAAGAUGUGCGCCCCAUCUUCUGGGCCUCCAGACCAAAGAGCUAUAUCUACCGCACCCAGGACUGGAACGAGUUUCCCAAUGGCCGCUGGGGCAAUUCCUCCUCCCCCGCCUUCGGGGAGCUGAAGAACUACUACCUCUUCUACCUGAAGAGCAAGUGCCCCCAGCAGGAGCUGCUGAAGAUGUGGGGCGAGGAGCUCAGCAGUGAGGAAAGCGUCUUUGAAGUCUUUGCACACUACCUCUCGGGAGAGCCAAACCAGCAUGGCCACAAGGUGACCUGCCUGCCCUGGAACGACGAGCCACUGGCAGCCGAGACCAGCCUGAUGAAGGAGCAGCUGCUGCGUGUGAACCGGCUGGGCAUCCUUACCAUCAACUCCCAGCCCAACGUCAACGGAAAGCCGUCCUCUGACCCCAUUGUGGGCUGGGGCCCCAGCGGGGGCUAUGUCUUCCAGAAGGCCUACCUGGAGUUCUUCACCUCCCGAGAGACAGCGGAGGCACUCCUGCAGGUGCUGAAGAAGUACGAGCUACGGGUCAACUACCACAUUGUGGAUGUGAAGGGUGAGAACAUCACCAACGCCCCUGAGCUGCAGCCCAAUGCUGUCACGUGGGGCAUCUUCCCGGGGCGAGAGAUCAUACAGCCCACAGUGGUGGAUCCCGUCAGCUUCAUGUUCUGGAAGGAUGAGGCCUUCGCCCUGUGGAUCGAGCAGUGGGGCAAGCUGUACGAUGAGGAGUCGCCAUCCCGCAUGAUCAUCCAGUACAUCCACGACAACUACUUCCUGGUCAACCUGGUGGACAACGAGUUCCCAAAGGACAACUGCUUGUGGCAGGUGGUAGAAGAUGCAUUCGAGCUGCUCAAUAGGCCUGCUGCGCUCUCGUGGGAGACGGAGGCACCGUGACCUGCACCUGCCCCUCCCUGUCCUGGGUCUCCCAUGCACCCCCAAGCCUGGCCCUCACCGCCUACAUAAGGAUGGCAGGACGGGAGUCAGCCCUUCAUGGGAGCCUGGUGUUCCCUGCACCAUCAGGAUGUUGUGCUCUGUCAGUGAGGGAUACCUCCGUGCUGAAAGGGGCCACAUCACUCUCCUGGGAAGGAAAGGACAUUGGUUUUGCAGCUGAGCCCCUGGAGCUAGCCUGGGACAUCCAGAGAACUUGUACUUGGGGCCCCUGCAGGAUAGAAUAAGUGUGGGCAGCAGGCUCUUGUGAGAUGAAAGAAUGAAGGUUCUGGGAGGAGGCAGCCAGAGCCCCAGGACCUGGGACUGAAGGAGCAGACCGCUGACUCCUGCUCAGCUGGCCUGUCGGGCCGGCUCCUAGCAUGCCAGGACAUCUUGGCCCCUUCUACCUGCGGCCUUGGCCGGGUGCAUCCCCUUCUGCAGUGCUGUUCUUCGCAACAGCAGUCUGUGUUCUGCUGGUGGAAGACAUCAAGGGCCCCUCGAGCUUGCUGGGGCCCU